UUGAAAAAUAAUGUCAAAUCAAGUUUUCGCGGCGGAAAGUUUCAUUUUAUAAAUAUUAAAUACAUAUAUACUUUCUCCUAAACUUUUAACACAUAAAAUGUCUACAGAAAAACUAAAUAAGUUCUUAAAAGCAUUAGACGCGGUCACGCUAGAUUACACGUGUGGUUUUUGUUCAGAAUUAUGCAAAGAUCCUGUUACUUUAAGUACGUGUUUUCACUUGAUAUGUUCGGAACAUUUUAAUAACUUAAGAAAUUGUCCCACAUGUAAUAUACCCCUCGCCGGUUGUACGACAUUCACAGAUGAUCGAUUGGACGCAUGUAUUAACUCCACUAAAGAACUUAACAAUAUAUUCGAAAGCUUUCGAAACAAGAAUGUGUUACAGACCACAAAAGGCGAGAGUUCCAAUGGUACUAGUAAAAAACGCGCCAUUAAAGAAAAAGUCCACAGUAUUGAGAUUAGUGAUAAAGAAAAUAAAAAAACAGUAAAGUCAAAUACAAACAUGACCGCUUCAGAAAAAUCAAAAAAGCCACAAAAUAAAAAUGACAAUUUAAACUCUACAUUAUUGUCAUCCGCUAGUUCUAGAGUUCAUAAAGGUACGGAAAAGAGAAAUAACAAAGGAGAAACUGCACUACAUGUAGCUUGUCGUUUAGGCAAGGUUGAUACUGUUAUAGAACUACUGAAGCAAGGAGCAAACACAAACACUAAAGACCAUGCAGGCUGGACCCCUUUGCAUGAAGUUGUACAAAAUGGUCGAUUAGAUUUGGUGAGAAUCUUGUUACAAUAUAAUACACUCAUUGACGUCCCAGGUCAAGGCAACGAAACGCCCCUGCAUGAAGCCGUCAGGUACAAUCAUGCAGAAAUUGCAGAGGAAUUAGUUAAGAAUGGUGCAAAUAUAAAAAGCAGAAAUAGUAAAGGGGAAACACCAACAGAGCUAGCAUCAGAAGAUAUGAAAAGAGCCCUCGAGGAUGCUGCUGACAAUAUUAUUCAAACUCAAGGUGCUAACGUAACAAUUAUUUCAGAGUUACAUGCAGAAUUAGACUUUGAAGAUAUUAGGGUCUUCUGUGUAUCACAAUUCCGUACUAUACACAACAAACUAAAGAUAUUAUCGAAACAUCAUUCAAAUCUACAUAUUGAAGCAAAACUCGUUAAAAAAGUCACUCAUUUAAUAGUAGACACUGAAGAUGAUGGUAUAUGUACAUCUAGCUUAGAUAUUUUACAAGGAAUUGUUAGUGGAUUGUGGAUCAUAUCCACUCAAUGGAUAACUAAAUCGACAGAAACUAAUUUGGAGCCGUUUAACGAUUAUGAGGUCAAAGGGGUCGGGAAUAGCUCCUACUUAGGUCCGAAAAAUUCUCGAUACAACAAAUAUAAACAGCUACCAGGAAUAUUCAAUGGCUGCCACUUCUAUUUACACAAUUUCAACACAAAGUAUGAAAUUUCCAAAUCGAUUGUUCUCACUAAAGCGAUAUUAACUAAACUGAUCAUUGAUGCUGGUGGUGUAGUGUUACGACGUGUACCGAACCCAGAAUUAAUACCAGAUGCAGAGAAAUUAGUGCCAUAUCAUGCGAAAAAAGAUGGAAAACUUGUUAAUUGCUCUCAUUACAUAAUUUUCAAAGACAUUUAUGAGCCAAUGUACAAUAUGGCUCACUUUAAGGCACUACCCAUCGGCUGGUUAAUCGAAUGUAUAGAAAAAUAUGAGUUAUGUGAACCUUGGUGAAACAUACUAUUAUAUUCAAAUCUUCUAUGAGCUGGAUAUUAUGAUGAUAGAAAUAUAUUA